CAACGACCUCGGCAAGGAGGCGACGAUCAUGCUCACUUUCGAUGCUGACAUGGAAGGCCUCUACGAGGACUUCUUUCCUGUAGUUUGGAAGGUCAGCAAAUUCGGGAAGACGGGUCCAUACAGGGCUCACGCGACCUACACGAGCCAGCUCGCUUUCUCCAAACCGCAGGUCGUGGAUGGGAAUAUCAUCGACGCUGAAACCUGCGUUAAGAUCAAUGACAGCGAGAAAACAACUUUGACCGAGGCUAACGAUAUCUAUCAUUUCUCUCCCCCUCAUGCGGGAGUCUCUGGUGUCCUGCAGGCCGUGAACAGCACUGGGUCCAUUCAGGACAUCGCAGUUGGUUUCAUGAGUCCAGGAGACUUGAUGCCCAAGCCCGCACUCUACUUCAACGGUGUUGGAGAUGGCAGUCAUGUCACUGCUCGGUUCACUCCGGUCCUGCGGGCCUACAUUACUUCGGACUAUCAAGAGACCGCAAUCAUACGAGGUGCCAUCGACACUCCUGCGAUCUGGUCGCAGGACCUCGCUGGGCUUGCGGAGAGCACGACUUGGACGCUCAAACGCGACGCGGCUACUGGACAUUACACGAUGGUCCAAUCUUGAUUAAGGAAUACGAAAUUGGUGCACCUAACCAUGUGUUCAAUGAGGCUCGGAUCUCGAUACUCUCCCUUUUUCGUAGCCCACGUUUCUUUAUAUGGUUGUGCUGCCCAGAUAAUUACCAGUAGUGUCGAUUAUAGCCAAUAAUGUAUAGGUCAAUACGUUAUUGGAAUUCCAGCUGGUCUUCACCUGGUAUCUUACCAUCCAGCAAAUCAUCUAGUCCUGUAACAGCUGUCCGUUCUGAGUCUCGUUCCCG